AUGGCCAAUACUCGUAGAGGCCGUAAACCCCCACAAGAAGAGGAAGAUGCUUCCAAACUGAAAUUUGGCGAAGAUUUCCAAGCAGAAGAAUUUCUUUUCAUAUCAGAGGUUGCUUUAUUACUUGCAAAGACACCAGAAAGCCAAAAAAAUACAAGUGUAUAUCAAAAAACAGCAGAAUACGUUAAUUUAUUUACCAAAUUUCAUAAUGAAGAAUCUGUACGAGAGCUCCGAAAAACAUUGAUGAGACAUAAACUUGAGAAAUAUGAAUUGGUUCAAUUAGCUAAUUUAUGUUGUGAUGAUGUAGAAGAAGCAAAAUCACUCAUUCCAAGUUUAUGCAAAAGACCAGAUGAAGAAAUUCGUUCUAUACUUGAUGAUAUUGGACAACUACGAAAAUUUCAAACAUAA